AUGGCAGCGAAAAAAGGACAAAAGAAAAGCGGUCAAAGCAACCAUGGAAAGAACUCUGAUAUGGAUGUUGAAGAUCGUCUCCAAGCCGUCGUCUUGACGGACUCUUAUGAAACUAGGUUUAUGCCACUGACAGCUGUCAAGCCAAGGUGUUUACUGCCACUGGCUAACGUACCACUCAUUGAAUACACUUUGGAAUUUUUAGCUAAAGCUGGCGUACAUGAAGUUUUCUUAAUUUGCUCUUCUCAUGCUAACCAGAUCAAUGCCUAUAUUGAAAAUUCUAAAUGGAAUUUGCCUUGGUCUCCAUUUAAAAUUAACACCAUCAUGUCUCCAGAAGCUAGAUGUACAGGUGACGUUAUGAGAGAUCUAGAUAAUAGAGGUAUCAUUACUGGAGAUUUUAUUUUAGUCAGUGGUGAUGUAUUGACAAACAUCGACUUCAGUAAAAUGCUAGAAUUUCACAAAAAAAUGCAUUUUCAGGAUAAAGAUCACAUCUCGACGAUGUGUUUGAGUAAAGCGAGCAGCUAUCCAAAAACAAGGACAAUUGAGCCUGCCGCAUUUGUCUUAGACAAAUCCACUAAUAGGUGUAUUUACUAUCAAGAUCUACCAUUACCAAGCUCUAGGGAAAAGACUUCCAUUCAAAUUGACCCAGAAUUGUUGGACAAUGUUGACGAAUUUGUUAUAAGAAAUGACUUGAUCGAUUGUAGAAUCGAUAUUUGUACAUCUCACGUUCCUUUGAUAUUUCAAGAAAAUUUUGACUAUCAAUCGUUAAGGACAGACUUCGUUAAAGGUGUCAUCUCUAGCGAUAUUUUGGGAAAGCAUAUAUAUGCCUAUUUAACGGAUGAAUAUGCCGUAAGAGUUGAAAGUUGGCAAACUUACGAUACUAUUUCUCAAGACUUCUUAGGUAGAUGGUGUUAUCCAUUAGUCUUAGACUCUAACAUACAGGACGAUCAAACGUAUUCCUAUGAAUCAAGACAUAUAUACAAGGAAAAAGACGUUGUUUUGGCGCAAUCUUGUAAAAUUGGUAAAUGUACCGCUAUCGGAUCAGGAACAAAAAUCGGAGAGGGUACUAAAAUUGAGAAUUCGGUGAUUGGAAGAAACUGCCAAAUUGGUGAAAACAUUAGAAUCAAGAACAGUUUCAUUUGGGAUGACUGUAUCAUUGGAAAUAACAGUAUUAUUGAUCAUUCGUUAAUUGCCUCUAGUGCCACGUUAGGAAGUAGCGUACGCCUGAAUGAUGGUUGUAUAAUUGGUUACAAUGUUAAGGUUGACGAUAAUAUGGAUUUAGAUAGAAACACCAAAAUAUCUGCUAGUCCGUUAAAAAGUUCUGGCUCAAGACUGUAUGAUAACGAGGACGAUGAAGAGUUUGAUCAAGACCGUGAUGACCAAGAAUUAGCUGUGUCUGUUGUUGGAGAUAAAGGUGUUGGUUACAUUUACGAAAGCGAAAUCUCAGAUGAUGAAGAUAGUUCUACAGAAGCUUGCAGAGAGAUAAACACUUUGAGUAACCAGUUAGAUGAAUUAUACCUAAGUGACGGCUCAAUUUCUUCCGCCACUAAGAAGAAAAAGAAAAGGAGAACGAUGUCUGUCAAUAGUGUAUACACGGAUAGAGAGGAGAUUGAUUCUGAAUUUGAAGACGAAGAUUUCGAGAAAGAAGGUAUUGCCACUGUGGAACGUGCUAUGGAAAACAAUCAUGAUCUUGACACAGCAUUAUUAGAAUUGAACACCUUGAGGAUGAGUAUGAACGUUACAUACCAUGAGGUGAGAAUAGCAACAAUAACUGCAUUAUUAAAGAGAGUUUACCACUUCAUUGCGACUCAAACAUUAGGUCCCAAGGACGCAGUAGUGAAGGUUUUCAAUCAGUGGGGAUUGUUGUUCAAGAGACAAGCCUUUGAUGAAGAAGAAUAUGUUGAUUUGAUGAACAUAAUAAUGGAGAAAAUUGUUGAACAAAGUUUUGACAAACCGGAUUUGAUUCUAUUUAGUGCAUUGGUUUCUCUAUAUGAUAAUGACAUCAUUGAGGAGGAUGUGAUUUACAAAUGGUGGAAUAAUGUUUCUACUGAUUCUCGUUAUGAUGAAGUCAAGAAAUUGACAGUUAAAUGGGUCGAGUGGUUACAGAACGCAGAUGAAGAAUCUUCCUCAGAAGAGGAAUAG